GCUGUGACCGAGACGGACACGGCCUCACCUCACGGCGGCGGGUUUGGCGGCCUCGGACGGAAGGAGGGCGCCCAGUCCGGGUGUGAGGUAGUCCGGUUCUGAGAGGAGGUCGGCGGCGCAGGAUGGGGGUCACCUGUGUUUCUCAGAUCCCAGCAGUUGAGGGGAAGAGUGUCCAGCAAGCCGUGGAGAUGCUCACGAAGAAGUUGGAAAUGCUGGGUGCUGUGAAGCAGGGCACAUUUUGUGUGGACUGUGAAACUUAUCAUGCAGCACCGACUGUGACCAUUCCAGGGCAGCCUGCGAAGUUCAUGUACGUUAUGCACAACACUGAGUAUCCUCUUAGCUGCUUUGCACUUUUUGAAAACGGGCCCUACCUGGUUGCCGACACAAACUUCGACACGCUCAUGGUCAAGCUGAAGGGGUUUUUCCAGAAUGCCAAGAGUAACAAGAUUGAAAGCCGAGGGCCUCGCUAUCAGUAUGGUGACUUUCUGAUAAAGGUUGGGACAGUUACCAUGGGACCCAGUGUCCGUGGCAUAACUGUUGAGGUAGAGUACUGUCCCUGCAUAGUGUCAAAUGACUGCUGGAAUCUCAUGAUGGAAUUCAUGCAGAGUUUCAUGGGAAACCAUACCCCUGGAAUCCCGUCUGUAUUCUCGACAAAGCACGAUGGCAUUUAUACGCCCACAGACACAGCCGUUCAGUACAUGGAGCUGUUCAAUAAAAUCCGGAAACAGCAGCAGGCUCCUGUAUCAGGAAUGAGAUAGGCUGCUUUGUACUGACAAAUCUAAACCACUUCUUCAUUGAAUCUGGCAACUUAAUCCUUUCAAUGAAGAGCAUUUGGUAUCACUCAAGAUACAACAAUUUUGCAAUGCGUUUUCUUCUUGCGAGAAGAAUGAGGCAAAAUAGUUUAUUUCUUUCCACCUCUGCUGGUAGGUAGCCUUGAAUCUGGUUUCCAAUGGCCAGAAGUUUUCUGCAAUGUUGACCUUUAUUUCUUCUUAAUUCUCCUCUACUCACAGUGACUAGCCUGCCUGUGAAAUAACUAGAGCAGCAUUGCUGGAUUAAAAAUAGCCAUGGCGUGACAUGAAGAAGCCAGUGACCAGUGAGACGAGCUUACACCAUACUUCCUCCAAUUCAGCUGUACCAGGAAGGCUGGAUGGAGUCACUUGCUCACAGGGUUACAGACAAGAAGUGGGCUUGAUUCAAUUUCAUAAUUAAUUAAAUCCAGGGAUGGUUUUUAGAUUGGCUAAUUCAGAAAUCUUGUCCAGUUGUGGACGGUAUGUGAAAUGGUGAUGCUAAAUAGCAGAGAAGGCUGAAAAUAGUGGGGAAAGCCUCUUAACUGAAUAAUUCUGAGAAUAAAUAUGUUGGAGAUGCUGGAAUAAAAACAAAGUGUUGGAACUCCUGAGUGACAGGAGAGCAUUUAGGUGGUUUGAUGCAUCAUUGAAGAGAGUUCUUUGAAACAUACUGAGCUUAAAUGCUAACGCUCUGUUGAUGCUAUCUCAUCUGACAAUUUUCUGUUUUUAUAACAACAUAAUUUUUUGCCUUCUGUGCAAAUACGUAGUUAUUUGUAGUAAAUUAUCUAUAAAGCAGGAUUGAGUGGCCAUUACUAGGGAGUUUUUUUUUUACGUCAGUGCACUGAUUGACUCUUACUGACUAGGAGGAUUUACUUUUUAAGAUUUGCAUGAAAGUACUACCUGGUUCAAUAAUGCAGCCACCCUAUGUGUGUCAGGACUUGAUAUUUUAGAAAACACUCAAACAUAGCCUGUGCUCCCAUUGCUCAUCUCAGUCAAGUGACUCCUGAUUAGAUUACGGAUAUCAGUGGACAACAGAGUUAGUGGAAUUUCUGUAUCAGAGGUACAGUGACCCAAGCUCAAUCCCGACUACUGUUGUCUCUGUGGAGUUUCCAUGUUCUCCCUGUGGCUGGUUCCCUUCAAAGUCCCAAAGAAGUGCAGGUUAAUUACGAAAUUACCCUUAGUGUGUGAGUAGCCGAAUCUGGGGCAUGGUGAGGCAGCCUGAUAGGAAUGUGGGGAGAACAAGUUACAGAGAUAACUAGCAGGGUGAUGGGAUUGCUCUGAGCUACUAUGGACUCAUCGGGCCAUAUGGUUGCCUUCUACCUCGUAAGGAAAUAAUCUAACAUGUUGCCUCUUGUGACCAAACACCUUGCUGAGGCAUGUUCAGCAGCAUUGUAUGGAAAUGUCACCUGUAUUAGAUAGUAAGUGGAGCCAAAGCUGUGACUUUAUUUUACAUAUAUUUUGGAUUUUUUUUUGUUGGAUCUGGUCAUUUAGAUUUUUUUUUAAUUAAAGAAUUUGAUGGUUUGACAUUUUACUAGAGUGGCUGAAAAUUGAAAAUUUUCUGACGGGAAUAUUGAUGAAGUUGAAUCUAUGUGCUUUAAAUUCAGUACAACUUUUUCUGUUACAUGAUUUAAAGCCUGAUGGACUUGUGUAGCAUUAAUAGUUGUGAGCUUUUGAAAAAGAGUAAAGAUUUAAGAUUAGUUUUAUUUAUUAAGGUACAUCGAAACAUACGGUGAAAUGCGUCAUUUGUAUCAAUGGCCAACUCAAUACAAGGAUGUGCUGGGGAUAGACCACAAGUAGCGCUAUUCUUCUAGCACCAACUUAGUAUGUAUGCCUCAACUCACUAACCCUAAAGGUGUGCCUAGAAUGUGGGAGGAAGCUGGAGCACCUAGAGGAAACCCAUGCAGUCAUGGGGAGAACAUAGAAACUCCCUACGGGUAGCAGCAGGAAUUGAGCCCUGAUCCGUGAUUGCUGGCUCUGUAAAGUGAUGCACUAACCACUACGCUGUUGUGCUGCCUGUAGAAUAUUGUGUCGGAGGGUAAGGUAAUUAUAAUGUAUAGAAAGAGCUUGUUGCCAUUCUGACAUCUCAAAUUUAAAUGAUUUAAGUAUCUUGUAAGACUUGAGCAUAAAGUUUACUAACCCAGAGAUUUCUUGCUAGUUUUGUGCUGAGGUAGAAUUAGAACAUAGAAUGUAAAACACUGCAGCAUAAUAUAGGCCCUUUGGUCCACAAUGUUGUACCAACCUUUUAAUCUACUCGAGGAUCAAGCUAACCCUUCCCUCCCACGUAGUCACCAUUUUACAGUAGAAAAUAGACAGUAUAGUACAGGCCCUUCAGUCCAUGAUGCUGUGCUGACUUUGUAAACUGUUCCAAGAUCAAUCUUACCUUUCCCUCCCCUCUAACCCUCCAUUUUUCUAUCAUCCAUGUGCCUCCCUGAGAGCCUCUUCAGUGCUGCCAAUGUACCUGUCUCAUUGUGGAAUGUGGGAAAAUGCUCCAAUUUCAUCCCAUAUUCGAAAGGUGUAUGGGUUAGUAGCUUAAUUGGUUAUAUGGUAAUUGGUAGGCACAGGCUAAGUCCCUUAAAUAUCCCCAAUACAUCUGCCUCUAUCAUCACCCCUGACAAUACAUUCCACACACCUAUCUCUGACAUUCCUUCCUGUACCUUUCUCCGAUCACCUUAAAAUUGGGCUCCCUUGUAUUAGCCAUUUCCACCCUGGGAAAACAAUUACUUACUGCCCUUUACACUGCUGGUGUUUAGGGCAGCAAUGAAGAUUCUCCAUCUCUCUCUGUCCUUGGCCACCAUCUCUGUUCUGGCUCAGGGUCUUUAUUUCUACCUCUGUGGUACGACACUAAGUUGUCUUUGGUCUCCCACGUUUCCUCCACCCUUUAGACGGUCCAAUGAGGUGGUGUCUUAAUUCUCAUCACAUGUCCAAUCCAUCUCCAGUGUUUCCUCAUGAUGAUUGUGGCUAUGUCCUCUUGAUGACACUGAAGGAGCCUGGGAAAACUGCGUGAGCUAUACACUCUUAUCAAGGACUUUUAGCGUCUUGCUGUUAGAUUUAUUAAUGCUGGGUUUCACGUCAUUUAUUUGAGUUGUAAUGGUGAGAUUGAUUUACCUAAUCAAACGAAUGGGUAACACAGCUGGUCUGCCAAACUCUCUCAGCAUGCUGGAGAUCUGAAAUAAAGACCAAAUGCUAAAUCCUUCUGGUUACAUGGAGAAAGCAGCUCUGCUGAAAGGUGCAUAUUUGAAACUUCAGUAACUUUAUCUUCUUUUAUUAUCACUUUCACGAUGAUGUUCUUUAAUCAAGGGACUUGGUGAAAUGUGACUCGGUUACCAAAGUCAAAGUAAAUUUAUUGUCAAAAGUGCAUACAACUGUAUUUCACCAUCUAAGAACUUGAGAUUCAUUUGCACUUAUAUACAGGUGAUGCAGAUUUAAUCGCCACCAUUGUCUGUAAGGAGUUUGUUCGGUCUCCUCGUGACCUAGUGGAUCUUCUCUGGAUACUCCUUUCACAGUCCAAAGACGUACUGGUGGGUAGGUUAAUUGGCCAUUGUAAAUUGUCCUGUAAUAAAUCAUUGGGGAUUUAAUCCUAAAUGUGUUGCCACAGGUGGCUGUGGAGGCCAAGUCAUUAAGGCAGAGACUCUUGAUUAGUCAGGGCAUGAAGGGAUAUGGGGAGAAGGUAGGUGAUUGGGGCUGAGAGGGAAAAUGGAUCAGCCAUGAUGAAAUGGUGGAGUAGACUUGAUGGGCCAAAUGGCCUAAUUUGGACCCUUAUGGUCUUGGAGAUUACUUAGUGCAAUUGCUCGAAGGGCCCAUUCUGCGCUAUACCUCGAUAAAUAAAAUACAAUAGAACUUAUGAAAAAUUAUACAUAAGGUCUGACAAAAACCAAUGUGCAAAAGUCAAAUUGUGCAAAUAAGAAAUAAUAAUCCUGUUGUAAAAUUAGCUGUAUUGAUGUAGUAAUAAGUUAAAAUAUCAUGAAUUGUAGAGUUCCUGAAAAUGAGUCUGUAGGUUGUGGAAUCAUAUCAGAGUUGAGGCCAGUGAAGUUAUCCACACCAGGGGGAUAACGAUUCAUAGGAACUUAGAAAUACAGAACACCUACAGCACAAUACAGGCCCUUGGGCCCACAAAGUUGUGCCAAACAUGUCCCUAUCUUAGAAAUUAAGGGACUUCCCCUCUAUUUUACUAAGCUCCAUGUACCUAUUUAAAAGUCUCUUAAAAGACCCUACCGUAUCCGCCUCCACCACCAUUGACGGCAGCCCAUUCCAUGCACUCACUACUCUCUGAGUAAAAAACUUACCCCUGACAUCUCCUCUGUACCUACUCCCCAGCACCUUAAACCUGUGUCCUCUUGUGGCAACCAUUUCAGCCCUGGGAAAAAGCCUGGUAGAAGCAAGAGAGCAGGAUGGGUGACCGAAAGCUUUGAUCGAAGAUGAGCAUUAAGAAUGGCUUUGCAGCUGAAAGAACUCGGGAUUCAAUGAAGUAGUUAGCACUGAGAGCACAAUUGCCAACAGUGUAUUGGGAGAAAUGAGUGAGAGCAGAGGGCUUGUCCAGGAGCACGAAAUAAACCUGUUCCUCCAUCUGGUUCACUCCCCUCAACUGAAUUAAUUCCACAAUCUACAGACUCAUUUUCAAGCAUUCUAAGAUGUAUCUCGGUAUUAUUUUUUUUAAUUUGCACACUUUAGGCAGGAAGAGGGGAGGGAGCUGAAGCACAUUCUGUAAUGAUAAGUAAACCAAUUGUUUGGAAUCAAAUGACCUUGCCUCGUGUCUCAGGGAUGGGUGAGUCUGCACCUGUGCCACUCCCCGCCCCUGGCAUUCCUCCUCUGCCACCUGUCCCGUAGUGCUCCAUCCUCACCAAUCCGAACAUCCUCCGCUCCACGUUGACCAACACAGUACUGUGCAAAUGUCUUAGUCACCCAAACUAGAAAAUGUAUGUGUGUGUGUUUUAGAGUUUUGCACAGUACUGAUGUACCUGUUUCUGAUACUGAAGGUUUACGAGUGUAUUUUAGAGAGAAUUGGGGCAAUUUAAAAGGGACCUGUGACAAGUGGUAGGUAUAAGGAAUAAAUUGCCGGAAAAAGUAGCCCAGGUAGUUGCAAUAACGAAUUCAAGGUUCACGUUUUUUAAAAAUAUAUAUCGUGUACAUCGGAACAUACAGUGAAAUGCGUUGUUUCUGUUAACAAAGGAUGUGCUGGGGGGCAGCCUGUAAGCGUGCCCGUCGCCGUCAGUAAAACAAAACAGUGCAACGAGCAACGGAACAAUAGCAAAACGAGCUCCAUUCCUCCCUCCCACUCAGCAGUCUCCAGCGGCAUCGAGCUUCAACUCCCCCAGAGGACUGGUGGAGAUUUGCAGACUAGGCUCCCACCAACGGGCCUCGGUUUCACGACUUCCGAUUCAACCCCACCCCGACUCAAUAUUCGGCGUCGACAUUUGGAUGUAUGGGAAAGGUUUAGAGCAGGAGUUCCCAAACUGGGUCCGUAGCUUUAAAACAUUUCUUUAAAAGGACAUGGGCCCCAUGAUUGGCAUGGACUUGAUGGGCAGAAGGGCUGCGUGACUUUUAAGACAAGUUACGAACAUGUUCUUUGUCUUUAUCUUCAGAGUGACAAGAGUUAGGGCAUAGGACAGUUCGGAAACGGCAUACAGUUCAUGCGCCAUUGCCAGGAAGUACAGGUUGAAUAAUGCUUACUACAAGCGUAAAAGAGAACAGGAUCAAAACUACCUCAUUAAUUGUUGGCAAGUGACUAACUGUUGUUUUCUGUAUCACAUGCUUUGUACAAGUGGCCAGGCUGCCUGUGAUUUACAAACUGGGGAGCAUUUAAUCUUUUAGCAAGUCCUUGAGACACGCCUCGUUCAGCUCUCAGAAAUGAUGAACCGAGCAAAUUAGUUUUCGCUCGUUCUUCACCGGCAAUGUAAUAUAUGCCAAGGUCAAUAGAUUCUCCUUAACUAGGUGUCAUUUCUGACAUGUGGUAUAUUUUAAAGGCACAUUACUUAAACUUUUACCUGGUCUCAUUUAAUUAUUACCAAUUGUCGCAUUAAAAUGAUCUGUCAACAUCAGGGAGCUAUUAAGAGCAAGGUUGAACAUAUGGAACUGUUUAUUUUUACAAGUGACAUAUAUCAAAGUGCAUUGCGAGUUACAGAUGAGGCUUGCAUUAUGCGUUUGUAUUUGCCUUGUUGCACCUGGGUCAAGUUUAUUGUGUAAUUUUUGUUCUGAAGAAAAAAAGGUCUUAAGAGUACUGUUGUCUUUAUAGAAAAGAUUUACCCUAUAAUCCGUUUUUUUGCUUCAAAAAGAUGUUCCUUGCACGAGAGAUUCUGCAGAUGCUGGACAUCCAGAGCAACACACACACAAUGCUGGAAGAACUCAGCAAGUUAGGCAGCGUCCAUGGAGAGGAUUAGAGAGUUGACGAGUCUACAUCAGGACAUUGCAUUGGGUCAGCUGGUAAAUGUGCUAAAAAUCGAUUAUUUAUUUAGAUUUGGAGAUAAAAAUGCCAAAACCAAAGUUUAACCUCUGUGUCCUGGACCAGGGGAAAGAAUAGUAUCGAGGGACAUUUCUUGUUCUUAGCUCGGUAGUGGUGAAGAGGGGGGAGGGGUUCGGCAGCAUCUGCGGGAGAGGAGAGGAUAGCCGAAGAUUUGCAUCAUCGACGAUUCAUUUCCCUCCAGAGAUGCUGCCUGAUCCCCUGAGUUGCUCAAGCAGUUUGUCUCGUUCCAGAUUCCAGCUUCAGAAUCAGGUUUAUUAGCACUGACUUAUGUGUCCUGUAAUGUAGUGCCGCAGCACUACAAAUGCAAAGACAUAAAAUUAUUACGUUACAAAAUAAACUGCAAAGAAAGAGAGCAACAAGGUAGUGUUCAUGACACGUUCAUAAAUCUGAUGGUGGCGGGGUGGAAGCUGUUAUUGGAUCGUUGCGUGUGGGUCUUCCAGGUACGGGAGGUAACAUCCUCUUGAUGGUGGUAACGUGAAGCGGCAGCCUCGUUACAAGCAUUAGGUAGGUGGUAAAGCAGAUUUAUUUUAUUUAUUGCGAUAUGACGCGGAAUAGGCCCUUCCGGCAUUUGAGCUGCGCCGCACAGUAACUCCAGCCUGUUCAUCUCUUAACCUUUCACCGGCCUUUGGACUGUGGUAGAGAACCGGGACACCCGGAGGAAACAUGCAGUCACGGGGCAUCAGCGGCGGGAAUUGAAUCUGGGUCACUGGCACUGUAAAGCGUUGUGCUAACCACUAUGCUACCGUGCUGCCCGAAGGUAUCAACAAUAAGAGGGCAGUCUGAUUGUGAGCAUCUGUUCUCUCCGUAUCUCUCGUUGCUAUUCUGUUGGUAAAUCUGAAUGCAAGAGCAGGAUCAGGUUUGAUUGUAGUGUAUUUAUGGUCAAGGAGUGAAGAAUAGGAGAACCGACCCAAUGGAAUGUCUCGUUUGUAAUGUAGUACCUGAAAGUGAGAUGAAAAGAUCUUUCAAAAGGAAUUAUUUCUUCAGUUCUGGUCACCUCAUUCUCGGAAGAAAGUAGACAGUUUAGAGAGAGGAUUCACCAGGAUACUGCCUGGAUUAACGAGCAUGUCUUACGGGGAUAGGCAAGAGAGCUAGGGCUUUUCCCUUCAGAGCGAAAGAGGAUGAGAGGUGAUUUAAUAGAUUCAACAUGAUAAGAGGCGUAGGUAGAGUGGACAGCUAGAGGUUUUUUUUCCCCCCCAGAGCGGAAAUGGCUAACACAAGGGGGCAUAAUUUUAAGGUGAUUGGAGGAAAGUAUAGGAGAGGGGAUGUCAGAAGUAAAUUUUCACAGAGAGUGGUGGGUGUGUGGAAUGCACUGCCAGAGAAGGUGGUAGAGGCAGAUUAUUAGGGACAUUUAAGAGUUGGUAGAAAAAUGGCGGGCUAUGUGGAAGGGAGUUAGAUUGAUCUCAGAGUAGGUUAAAAGGUCAGCACAAUAUUGUGGGCUGGAAAACCUGUACUGCGUGUUGUGUUCUGUGUAAAUUGGGCAAGAAAAUCUUCACAGGCCACAAGUAAAGAAGAGUGGAGUCAAUUAGCACGCUCUUCCGGCACGGUGGCAUAGCGGCUAGUGGAAUUUUUACAGCUCCAGUAAUUCCUGCUGCUGUCUGUAAGAAGAGUCUACAUUCCCCCGUGACUCUGGCGAAUUUCCUCCCACAUUCCAAAGACGUAUGAGUUAGGGUCAGUAAGACGUGGGCACGUUAUGUUGGUGCCGGAGGCAUGGCGGUACUCGCGGCCUGCCUCCCAGCGCAUCCUCGGACUGCGUUGGUCGAUGGCACAGACGACACAUUUCUCCCCGUGUUCUGCUGCUAACCGAAUGUAACACUUCAAGGGCCUGACUUAAGGAUGGUGGCCACAUUUCUGGAGUCUGCUGCUUGGACAAUCUGUAUUCAAUUAAUUAGCCCGAAAGUCACUCAAGACACACGAGAACUGAACACUACCAGUGGUUUCUGUGUUGAGGCCCCAUGCGACAGGCUUCGGCAUGUUGUUGCUUUCGUGCUGCCCCGGAGUGUCAGAGCCGUCCCUUCGGGAUCAGACUUCUCUGCAAAUCUUGAUGCUGUUAGUGAUGAGCAUGGUGAGAGGUUUCACCAGGACAUUGCAGUCAUGGAGAAAAGAUACCAGGGCAACUGGAAUCCAUCAAUGCUGGCUGAUUAUCGUUGCACACUUAAGCGAGAGGCCUCAGACACUGAGUACAAGUGAAAAAUCAUCAACAAAACAUUUUUAGCUCAAUUGAACUAUUGCAAAGCAUCAGCACUGUUAUGCAAUUAAACACAUUAUAUUCAAUAAAACUUAGUUUCCUCUUUCUCCCACUUCCUGUGGGAUACAAGUGGUCUGAAAAUAUAUUUGUGUUCAGCUUCAAGUGGUCUAUCAGAAACAAAAUAAAAAUUCCUAGGAAGCAACACUUCCAAAAGAAUUUGUUGCUUAGUGUAAUCAAAGAUGCCACCCACCCGGGACAUUCUCUCGUCUCCCUUCUCCUGCUGGGUGGAAGAUGCAAAAACCUGAAAGAUGUACCACUACACUCAACAACAGCUUCUACUCUGCUGUUAUAUGACCCUAGUAUAAUAGAUCCCUAGUAUAAUAAAUUGGACUCUUGACCUCACCAUCUACCCUGUUAUGAUCUUGCACUUUAUUGUCUGUCUGCACUGCACUUUCUCUGUAGCUGUUACACUUCAUUCAGAAUCAAAUCAGGUUUAAUAUCAUCAGCAUAUGUCAUAAAAUUUUUUGUCUUUGCAGCAGCAGUACAAUGCAAUGCAACAGUACAGUGCAAAAAUAGAAAUAAUAGAAAUAAAAAAGUAGUGAGGUAGUGUUCAUAAUUUCAAUGUCCAUUCAGAAAUUGGAUGGCAGAGGGGAAGGAGCUGUUCCUGAAUAAUUGGAUGUGUGCCUUCAGGCUUCUAUACCUCCUACCUGAUGGUAGCAGUGAGAAGAGGGCAUGUCCUGGAUGGUGGGGGUCCUGAAUGAUGGAUGCAGCAAUGAUGACAUUGCUUCUGGAAGAUAUCCCGGAUACUCUGGAGGCUAGUGCCCAUGAUGGAGCAGGCUAAUUUUACAACUCUCUGUAGCUUACCUUGAUCCAGUGCAGUAGCCAAGCCACACCGCCAACCCAUACCAGACGGAGAUUUUGUUUAUUUCUUCAAGGUUAUUCUUCUACAUUGUUCCUGCUCAAUGCACCGUGUGAAGAUUUAGUUGUAUGGACAGUAUGUAAGACAAGCUACUGACUGUAUCUCAGUACAUGUGACAACAAUAAACUAGUUUCAAUCAGA